AUGGCUGGUUUCAGACAGGAGGAUGUGGAGCAGUUCUAUGACAUGGGAGAGGAGUUGGGCAGUGGACAGUUUGCUAUUGUUCGCAAGUGUAAGGAGAGAUGCUCAGGGGAUGAAUAUGCAGCUAAGUUCAUAAAGAAACGCCGUCUCUCGUCCAGUCGGAGAGGAGUGAGCCGCGAGGAGAUCGAAAGAGAAGUCAAUAUCCUCCGGGAAAUCCAGCACAGUAACAUCAUCACGCUGCACGACAUCUUUGAAAACAAAACCGACGUGAUCCUGAUCCUGGAGCUCGUGUCCGGAGGGGAGCUGUUUGACUUUUUGGCUGAGAAGGAGUCGCUGACUGAGGAGGAGGCCACUGGGUUUCUCAAACAGAUCCUGGACGGAGUUCACUAUCUACACUCCAAACGCAUCGCACACUUUGACCUCAAGCCUGAAAACAUUAUGUUGUUGGAUAAAAAUGUCCCCAAUCCCAGAAUAAAACUCAUUGACUUUGGGAUUGCUCAUCCUAUCAAAGCUGGCAAUGAGUUCAAGAACAUUUUUGGGACACCAGAGUUUGUUGCUCCAGAAAUAGUGAACUAUGAGCCACUGGGAUUGGAGGCCGACAUGUGGAGCAUUGGCGUAAUUACAUACAUCUUAUUGAGUGGAGCAUCUCCAUUUUUGGGAGAAACAAAGCAGGAGACGCUGACGAACAUCUCUGGUGUGAACUAUGACUUUGACGAAGAGUAUUUCAGUAACACAAGUGAGCUCGCCAAGGACUUCAUCCGCCGCCUGUUGGUCAAAGAUCCCAAGAAGAGGAUGACGAUAGAUGAUAGUCUGGAACACCCAUGGAUUAAGGUCAUAAAGAGGAGAAACGUCCGGCAGGAGGAGCGUGACACUAAGACCGAGCGCAGGCGCCUGAAAACCACCCGCCUUAAGGAGUACACCAUCAAGUCCCACUCCAGCAUGCCUCCCAACAACACCUACAUCAACUUCGAGCGCUUCUCCCAAGUCCUGGAGGAGAUCGCGGCGGCCGAGGAGGGCUUACAAGACCUGGAGCGCAACCAGAAGUCCUGCCGAGACGACGUGGCCGCGCUGCGCUCCAUCUACGACGAGAAGGAGAGCUGGUACAAGGAGGAGAACCUGAGCAUUUCCUCUGACCUCAACCACAUCCGCCAAGAGCUACAGCGCACCCAGGCCCAGCGCAAGAAGAGCCAAGAGGAGGCCCGUCUCGCCAUGCAGUCCACCAGUAUCCUCAAGCGCAAGUUCAGCCGGCUGGAAAACCACUACGAGGCACUGGCCGAGCAGGUGGCGUCCGAAGUGCGCUGGGUGGAGGAGCUGGUCAAGUCUAUCGCGGCAGAGAAGGGGAGUUCAAGCAGCAUGGCAUAG